AUGAGCGCAACUGGACGAACCAAUCUUGACAGAGGUGAAUCAGAGAAGCAAGGCGAUGGUAUAGGUGAGCAGGAGUGGGAAUACGGUCAUGAGGCGUCCAGGCUAACUCCUCAUGGCGUCGGUUCUGGCUUCUUGGAGCUUGGUUUGGGAGCACGGAUCCACUGUUUCAGUGAAGAACACGUGAGAGAGAGCCGGACAGCUGAUGAUGAUCGUCAUGGUUUUGCUCUGCCGCAGAGCAUCAUGGCAUCGCCUGCUUCCAGGACCACCAUGUCAGCACAUGGUUUUGGCGUUGAUUUGAGCAGGAACCCUCAUGAACCACCGACAGCAACAGCAGAAACAACAGCAUCAACAGCAGCAGCAGCAGCAGCAGCAGCAGCAGCAGCAGCAGCAGCAGCAGCAGCAGCAGCAGCAGCAGCAGAAUCAGCAGCAGCAGCAGCAGCAGCGGCAGCGCCUACAGCUUCUACCGGUGUGAGCUUAUUGAAUGGUCUUAGUCGACCAAACCUAAACCUUGCUGCUGUGGGGGAUUCAUCUGAGUAUACGGCAGCAGCUGCUGGAGCAACAGGGUCUGUUCCAGGCCGUUUUCCGUCUGCUAUGGCUGCUUCUAGUGGACUCAGACAGGCUCUAACUUUUGAUGUUGUGGUGGAUUCAGCUGAUGACAGAGCCGCGGCCGCAGCAGCAGGGUCUGUUUCAGGUCAGUCUCCUGCUAUGGCUGGCUCCAGUGGACUAAGGCCAGCUGUUCAUCUUGAUACUGUCGUGGAUUCAGCUGAUGAUGACAGAGCAGCGGCCGCAGCAGCAGUUGCUGCGUUUUCUGAAGCGCAGGCGGAGUCUCUCCCGCCAGGGGUUCCUCCAGCACCAGCGACACUCGGCAGGUCUGCCAGCAGCGGUGGUAUCGUGCCGCGCCCGGAGCUUUCAGCACGACAGGCUAGGAGUACCGCCCCAGCAGCGACAUUCGGCGGUUCUGCCAGCAGCGGUGGCAUCGUGCCACUGCCACGCCCAGAGCUUUCGCUGGCAGCACAUCAGGCUACAGACCCAGCAGCGACACUCGGCGGUUCUGCCGGCAGCAGUGGUACCAUGUUGCACGCCGAGCCUUCAACACCACAGCCAAUCUUUUAUUGGGGAUCGGCCCCAGGGCAGUUGGGAUCUACAUGGAGGACUGAUGCGGCUGUGGGAGAGCUGGGCGAUACUUCAGGUGGAAUUCCAGGUGGAAUGUCAGGUGGACCUUCCGGUAGAGGUUCAAGUGGUUUGUCAGGUGGACCUGCAGGUGAUCCUGUAGGUGGACUCUCAGGUGGUUCGCCAGGUUAUCCCUCAGACUCUCAGGUGAUCCCCCAGGUGGUCUCUCAGGUGUCCUGUCAGGUGGACCCUCAAGUGGUCCUUCAGCUGGACCUUCAGGUGGUCCUUCAGGUAUUAGUCCUGGAGAUUCCAGUCCUGGAGAUGCCAGCCCUGAAGGUGCCAGUGUCACCAUGA